AUGCACUUCAAAAUCGUGGUGAUUAGCGGUUUGCUGGCUUUAUGCCAAGCCGGUUUGAUUGAAGAAGGACAUGGGCAGGCGGUUUCUAGUCAAAGUAUAGUUCGCCAUGAUGAGCCUAGUCAACAACAGCAGCAACAGCUUUAUACUCCUGUUGUGGCGCAGCACUCUGCCCCAGUUCUGCGUCGUGCAGUUCCUGUGCUCGAGCAGACAUCAUACCUUCAACAUGGCGCCCCUAUUGUCCACGCUACUCCUUUAGUUCAACACGUGGCUCCUGCAGCUAUUCAUCACGCUCCCGUAGUGCAGCACAUCUCGCCCGUCGCCAUUGGUCACGGCGAACAAAUCGAACAUCAUGCUCCUGCUAAGUACGAAUUCUCGUACUCUGUGGAGGACCCUCAUACCGGUGACCACAAGUCCCAGCAUGAGUCUCGUGAUGGUGACGUAGUUAAGGGAGAAUACUCCCUCCUGCAGCCUGACGGUUCUAUCCGUAAGGUCGAAUAUACCGCUGACGAUCACAACGGGUUCAAUGCUAUCGUGCACAACUCGGAACCAUCUGUGCAUGCAGCGCCACCGAGCCCCGCUUCAGUGGUUCACGCUGCUCCUGUGGUUCACACAGCACCUUUGGUUCACGCCGCCCCCGUAGUUCACGCAGCGCCUGUCGUUCACGCUGCCCCCGUCGUUCACGCGGCACCUCUUGUUCACGCCGCUCCUCUCGUUCAUGCGGCCCCCGCUCACUACGUCACCGCCCACCACUAA